AUGGGCCCCCGUACCGACUCCUCAUGCUGCUGCCAGGCCCGUAAUCUGUCAUGGGCCCCUGUACCCACCUCCUCAUGCUGCUGCCAGGCCCGUAAUCUGCCAUGGGCCCCCGUACCGACUCCUCAUGCUGCUGCCAGGCCCGUAAUCUGUCAUGGAGGGCCCCUGUACCGCCUCCUCAUGCUGCUGCCAGGUCCAGAGUGUGUCAUGGGUCCCUGUACGGCCUCCCAUUGCUGCUGUCUCCAUCGCCACACUCUGCCAUGUGCCACUUCAGGUCUCCUCACACUGCUGGUGGACUUUCCAUUUUGUCAUAGGGUGCUGGCAGAUUACGGGCAUCCCAUUGCUGCUGAGUUGCCAGGCCCGUAAUCUGCCAUG